AUGGAAGGCUCAAGUGCUUCCGCAGCCGAUGAUGCUCCCGAAGACGGCCGCCAGGACCUCGCGCAGCAAAGCGACUCUCUUCAAAUGCUUAUCAAGGCAGAAGGCCAAGUCCCGUUUCAGCACGUCUUGAUGUGGAGUACCGGAGAAGAAGAAAGGCUCAAUACUAGCCUCGCCAGUCUUCCCUGUCUUCGCAAGGAUAUGAAGCGCUCUGACGCGCAGAAGACCCCGAUCACUUCAGUGGCGCCUGUCGGUGGCCCUGAUCUUCCGCCCUUCUCUGGCGCUUGCGAAGUGAGGGACGGGGUCUGCACUGAAGAAGAGUCUGAUGGCGGUUCUCUUCUUCCUGCGCCCCAUCCUGGUCUGCCAUCUAGCCCAGCCUAG